UUCCUUUUUUUCUUCGACUAUGAUAAAGAUGGUGCCUUUGUGCCUGCUUCAGUCUCCUGAAACCAACAGAUAUUUGAAAAUUAAGCAAAAUAGCAAGGCAAAGCAAAAGAUGAGAGCCAAGCCAGUUUGUCACUCGUUUAGGAAAGUUCCAGUGUAGCACAGUGGUUGCAAUAUACAGUGAUUGGUAAUCACAAUGGUUAUUCAACUGAACCGCAGAGCAGGCUUUAAUUGAUCUGUGUUUGCGGCAUCAUAAUCAACUUACUUUUUGGAAAGGGCUUGUAAAACUUUCAGAAAAUGACGGAAACAGUGUUGGAGUCUGUGAACAAUAUGAAAGUACUUUCAACUACUUCUAAAGCACCAAGCAGCUGAUUUUGUUCUCAACUUGGUGCCAAUUUGGGAUAUUAGUCAGUUGAGGAAAUAUCAAUGGGGCAUUGCAGUGGUGAGGGAUCCUGAAGUUUCUUUUUCAGGAACUGAAAAUUCAGCUCUUCUUUUUAUUAUGGGAGAUCUUCAAGAAAGUUUGUCUCCUUGCUCCUCUUCCAUCUCUUCACUUGAUCUAUACCCCUUGUCAAUUGAUCCUGAGCUAUGGUUAAUGGCUGAGCAAAGGACCCAAGAGAUACUUUGGAUUAUUCAACCUGCUAUGGCUUCUGAGCAGAAGAGGAAGGAGGUUAUUGAUUAUAUUCAGAGGUUAAUUAAGGGUUAUUGUGCAACAGAGGUCUUUUCAUUUGGUUCGGUACCACUGAAAACCUAUCUUCCUGACGGAGAUAUUGAUCUAACUGCCCUCAUCCAACAAAACAUGGAAGAGGAUUUGGCAAGAGAAGUCUGCAAUAUCCUCAAAUAUAAAGAGCAGGACCCCAAUUCUGAAGUAAAAAAUGUGCAAUAUAUUCAAGCAAAGGUUAAGAUAGUAAAAUGCUGCGUGAAGGAUAUAUCAGUUGACAUCUCUUUCAAUAAAUUGGCAGGGCUCUGCGCUCUUUGCUUUCUGGAGCAGGUUGACCAACUUAUUGGGAAAGAUCAUCUUCUCAAACAAAGUAUUAUUUUGAUCAAAGCCUGGUGCUUUUAUGAGAGCAGAAUUCUUGGCGCACACCAUGGCUUGAUCGGAACAUAUGCUUUAGAAAUAAUGGUCUUAUAUAUCAUCAAUAUCUUCCAUUCAUCACUACCCGGUCCUUUAGCAGUACUAUAUCGAUUUUUGGACUACUAUAGCACUUUCGAUUGGCAAAAUUAUUGUGUCAGCAUUAAUGGUCCUGUUGCAAUAUCAUCCCUUCCAGAAAUUGCUGCCAAGCCACGAGAUAAUAAUGGGAAUGAGUUAUUGAUCAAUCCAGAGUUCCUGAAGAACUGCAGAGAGACAUUUUCAAUUCCAAUAAAAGCAGUUGAAAAUGGGGGCCAUGAAUUUCCUAUUAAGCAUCUCAACAUAUUGGAUCCUUUAAAAGACGGUAACAACUUAGGGCGUAGUGUCAACAGAGGAAAUUUUCACCGUAUAAAAUAUGCCCUUUCCCAUGGGGCUCAAAGACUCGGGGAAAUCCUUACGCUGCCAGGAGAAAACAUGGGAGCAAGGCUGGAGAAAUUUUUUGUAAAUACUUUGGAUCGGAAUGGGAGGGGAGAAAGGCCAGAUAUACAAGUUCCUGUGCCUGCAUUUGGCACUGGAAGAUCUGAGGUGUCUGAUCUCACAGGACACUAUGACAAUGACUACAGUGGUCUACUACAGGGACAGUGGUAUCACAAUUAUUCAAUGUCUGUUUCUCCCCAGAUCAGUCCACCAUCAUCACCUUCACCUUCUCAAGUCCAACAGAGAAGUACCCGGGACAUACUGUCUCAGUUGCUGCAAUACAACCAAAAUGCUUUUUUUCAAAGAGGCAUAAAUGUAUUUGUCCCAAGAGUGCCGCUCUAUCACCCUUAUGCUUCAUACCUAUACGCCACUACUUCUGGUAUAGAUGAAAUGGUGAAGUCACGAGGAACAGGCACAUACAUACCUGAUGUGAGUAAUCAUCCUUGCAAAGAUUUGUUAUCAUGGAGGAGGGUCAGGAAUCCAGAUUCUUUAACUCGUAGUCCGGUAAAAUUGUCUCGAAAGGCUAAGGAAGUCGAAGUUGAAAAUGAUCCAGAGGCAGAUAAGAGCAAGAAUGUUUGUUGCCUUGAUCUUUCACUGGAUGAAUUCAAACCGCAGAGAGAAAAGGGUGAGAAUAGCAGCUCCAUGAAUCUUUCACUGGAUCAAUUCCCUCAUCUUCCCUACCUUAAGAAGUCAAUGUCAUCAGAAAUCGGUCAGUCCUGUCAGCCCAUCGUAAAGCCCUUGCAGGCCAGAGAAUGCUUUGCCUCCUUAAGAAGUAUCAAUUUUGGGACUUACAGGCAUUCACAGUCACCAUUGUCAUUGCCUUCGUCAAUGGCAAGGAAGCAAGUGGAUUCUGGAGUUCCCAACACUUUGGAGAUAAUGCCAGCUAUCCCAAAAAUGGGAAAGCUGAAGCAACAAGAAUCCCUGGAGACAGAUAAGGUGCAGGGUCAGACAACAAAUACAUCCCCUUUAAGGUUGAGGAGAAAAGAGUUCGUAGAUAGAAGAUGGAGACAACAGUAGGACAGAAAGGUUGAUGCACUAUCCUGAAGUAGAUAGUUGCCUGCGUAGUAGUAAUUCUAAUACCUCUUACUCUGUGACUUGAAAAAUACUUUCGUUUUUGUUUCUCUCUCAAAGCAUAAUGCAUAAAGCAUUUGUAGAGGAUGAGUUUCAUCAACCUUUUCACCCCUUUUCGGGUGAUUUUGUAGAAUUAUACAGUAAAGAUGUUAAUAUGCAAUGUUCUUGAGUCCCUUUUCAGGAGAUAUUAUAGGAAAGACGUUUUACAUGCAA